GACAGUUAAGGCGGUGCGUCCUGGGGCGCAUGCGCCGGGCCUGGCCAGACAGUGGGAGCGGGCAUCCGGCGCUCCAUCCCUCCCUCGUUGUGGGCGAGCAGCGGCUGGAGGGGCCGGGCGGUCGUUCGGAGCGUCUUCUCACCCACUGCCACUAGCGAGAUGGCGGUGACGCGGUACCGGCGGUUCCUCCGCCUGUGCGAGGAAUGGCCGCUCGACCAGAGCAAAGCCGGCCGCGACCUGGGCGCCUUCCUGCGGCAGCGCGUGGCGCUGGCCUUCCGCGAGGGGGAGAGCACGCAGAUUGCAGAUCCAGAGAAGUGUGACCAGGUGUAUGACAGUUUAGCCAGAAUCAACUCUGCUUAUUACAAAAACAAGUACCCCCGUCUCAGAAACACAUGUUUUACUGGUGUGACAGUGGAAGAAUGUCGAAUGGUUCUUGCAACAGAUAAUAUGAAACAAAUGGAAGAAAUGAAGAAAGGUAUGUGGAAAAAGCUCAGAGAAAAGUUCACAGGGAAAUCAGAAAAUGUCACCAAGGAAUACGUCUAACCGUUGCAUAUGAUUCAAACUGUAAUUGGUAUUUAUAAUAGUUGAUGAAAUAUAAUAAUAAAUGUCUGAUUCUAGACAUGACUUUUUGAAUUAUACAAUUGUUGAUGGAAAUCUAUAAAAUUCAAAAAUUUAAUUUUGAUAUUUUGAAAUAUGUCAUGUCAUGUGUUCAAAUGUGAAAGUCCAUAUUUCAAAAUAUAAAUAAAUCCAAGUGUUCUUUUAAGUUUAAUAAGAAAGUUGUGAUACUCAGAGUACCCCAACCCAAGGAAAUGAUUACUUAUAAAAUGAGCAUAGAUAAUUUUAAUGGGUGCAAUUUUAAAGGAACUAAAAGGCACCUAAACAAGUUAAAGAAGUGCAAAGGACGAUGUUUCUGGUUGUUAAAGGCUGAUCACCUCGGUCUAUAAGCUGCUGUAAUGAUGGCUAGAAAGGCAAGGCACCCUUUUGAAUGAAAUUUUGCUAACGAUUUUAAAACAGCUUCUAUGGACAACCGUUCUGAAACAGUCUCUGCCUUUUUGCAACAAGAAAUUUGCACCAUUCAGACUUAAGUGAUCGGCAACAUUUAUAUCGACUAUCAGACCUAUCCCUGAGCAUUGACAAUCUUAAAUAAGAUAAACGUCUGACUAGCCUUGAUGGCAAUACUAUAGGUGAAUUGCCUCAACAUGCAGUUGUCAUCAGGGGCUAGAACUGAUCAAGGAUUGUUGACCUGAACAAUCAACUGCUUCUCUUUCUCUUGCAAUGUGAGCCAUUUUCUCUUUAAGAUGUUUAGCAUCAGUUCCAACUGUUUUUUUGACAUCAUCUUGCAAAAUGUUAACUCGUAAAUUGUCACGUAAAGGGAUAAACAUAUGUAGUCACAAUAUCCGAGGUCAGAAGAUGCUAUGAAUUGCAUAUAACUGAUCCUUCUUAAUUGCUGGGUCAGAUUCCUUUAACAGAUGAUCGAAGACACUAAUUAAUUUUAUAUACAAAUAUGAGAAUGCACCGUUAAAGAAGAUGGCUCACCCCAACUUGCUUUAGAAUAAUUUCUAGUGAUGCUCAUGUUGAACAAAAUAAAUUAAUCAAAGUGGGUGCAAUUGAACACUGACAUUUUUUGGAUUAAAUGUUGUUUAAAACGUGUUUUGGAAGCAUUUCUGCAGGAACUACAGAACUGUGUAAUUCUAUAUAUAUAUAAAUAAAAUUUUAAAACCAUGGUGUUUUUAGAAUAAAAUAUAUUAAGCA